AUGCAAGAAGAACAACUCCGAGAAGACGAAGAGGUCGAGGCCCUGGGCGCCUCCAUUGACUACGUCGGACAGACCAUUGAAGCCAGCAAAGUCAAGUACCAAUGGCACUUCCGCAUCGCGGGCGUCAACCACCGAGUCGAGUUCUUCCACUCGAAAAUUUCCGGCAGAAAGAAAAUCCUGAUGGACGGCCAGCUGAUCUACGCCCAGCAGCAAUUAAGGUCUGCGGGCUUCGAACACAGCUGGCCGCUGCAGGGCCAUCUCCUCAGCCUCAUUUAUGAGCCCCACCUCCAGGCCUUCGCUUUGAGGGUCAACGGGCUCAGCUUUCAGCUCUUCUACAGGCCCGGAACGAUCCUGGACCCUCAGUACGAUGCAUCGCUCUACAGGGAUCCCCCAUCUGCGUUUGCUGCUGCUGCUCCUGCUGUUGCUGCUGCUGCUGCUGCUCCUGUUGCUGCUGCUGCUGCUCCUCCUGCUGCUCUUCCUGCUGGUGCAGCAGCUGGGCAGUCCCAGCAGCAGCAGCAGCAGCAAAUGGCUAGCCGCCGCAGGCAGACAGAUCAACUGCCCUACCAGCAGCAGCUGCCGCAACCGCAGCAGCAGCAGCAGCAGCAGCAGCAGCAGCAGCAGCAGCAGGCUGCUGCAGCAGACCCGGUGGCCCUCCCUCUUUCUGCGAACAAAAGUUUGGAGGAAAUCGAUCUUUUAGACUUGGCGGCCUCCUCUGGGUCUCCGUCGCCGCGGGGGGGGGGCCCCUCUGCUGCAGCAACUGCCACGGGGGGCCCCUCAUCUGCUGCGCACUUGACGGCCUCGGGGGCCCCCAGUUCGGAUGCAGACUUGGAGCAGCUAAAUGCAACUUAUUGGCUCGAGGGGCCCCCCACUCCGGACUUCCUGGUACCCAAGGGGCCCCCGGAGGGGCCCCUGGGGGGCCCCCCUGAGGGGCCCCUGCCGGGGCCCCUAGGGGGCCCCCCUGAAGGGCCCCUACCGGGGCCCCUGGAGGGGAGCGCGGGCGGGGCCCCAGGGGGGCCCCUAGAAGGGUACAGGGGAGGGGCCCUAGGGGGGCCCCCCUGGGGGCCCCAGGGGCCCCUGCAGCUGCCGCAGCCGAGCCAAAGCCCUCAGAGCUGCAGCGGGAGUCCCCUCGCAACUCAGCCAAUACUGCAGCAGCAGCAGCAGCAAGGCAGCAGCAGCAGCAGCAGCUUCUCCAGCUACGGCACGUGGGGGCCCCCAGGAGGCCUCCAGAGGGCCCCCGAAGGGGGCCCCAAUAAGGGCCCCAGAGGGGCCCCUGCAGGCUGUGGGGCCCCCACGGAUGAAAAGCUGUUUGCCGAUUUGAUGGACUUGGCGUCUGACAAGUUGAACAUUUCACUGUCCCCUCGGCGACAGAAAAAUCCCAAACCCUAA